GGCACGGUGGCCGGACUGGGUCGUGGUGGACGUGCGGCGGAGGCUGCGGUGGGGCGCCCCGGCCCUGAGCGGGCCGUGGCGCCGCUGGCUGCUGCGGUGGCAGCCCGCGGUUGGCCUGCCCUGGGACGCGGCCUACGGCGCGUGGCGGCGCGGCCGCGUGGCCUCCACCGCCGUCUGGGACGACGGGCUGGUGGCCUACCACGACGAGGCCCUGCCGCUCCUGGAGGCGGUGGCGGGGCGCGACGACCGCGCCGUGGACCCGUGCGGCUGGCUGCUGCGGUGGUGGCUGGCCGUCGUCGCGGGGGGCCUCUGGCCCGCGCACGUGGCGGCGGCCGCGCUCCUGCGCGGCAGGGGGGGCGGCCCGGAGCCCCCGGGGAGGUGCCAGGAGCCGCCCGAGAGGGUCUUCAGGGUCUACCUGCUGGACAUCUUCAUGCGGGUCGCGGACCCGAAUGUCCCGCUGGAGCGCACCGUUGGGGUCAUCCCAGAGGGGACGCAUAUCGACAUGCAGGCCUGCCUGCCCGCGCUCUCCCACUGUAUUCAGCACUGGCUACUGGGCCCCGGCGCCAUUCGCAUGGCCGCGCCGCGGCGCAAGCGCGCCACCGCGUACACGCGGGGGCCCCUCUGCGAGAUGAAGGACCGCGCGAUCCGGGACCAGCUCUUGAGCUCGUCCAACCCGCUGCAGGACCAGCAGCACAGGCCAACUACCGUCGUCUCGACUUGCCCUGCUCUGAACGUCACCCUCUUUGUGGGCCACAUGAACAGCGUCCUGUGGACGCGGUACUUGGACCAGAGGUCGUCGAUGGGCUCGCAGGGCCCGCUUGCGCUCCGCCCCCUGAAGUCCAGCGGGGACAGCGUGUCUGGCUUCCACCCGGUCCUGCAGGCCGCGUGGCGCCGCCCAGAGCGGGCGGUCCGCGAGGCCAGGGCCGCCUUCGCGGCCUGCAUGCAGGGGCGGCAGCGGGAAGGGCCCGCGGGCGCGGGGUACCUGCACGAGCGCCAGGUGCGCGUGCAGGCCGCGCCCGUGCGCGAGGGGCUGUUUCUGUACUGCGUGCUGGCGCCUGGCAGGCUGGAGCCGGACUCCCCCUGGCUGGACCUGUGGCGGCGCGACGCCCGGGUGCACCUGCUGCUCGUGACCUGGAAGCGGCCCCUGGACGCGCAUCGGGACUGGGAGCUUCUCACUGACAGGAGGUUCUCGCACCUGUUCGUGCCCAAUAGUACCGUCGGCGAGAGCAAGGUCUCCAGGUACGCCGCCGCCGUGGAGUGGCAGAUCGCCCUCGGCUUCCGCUUCCACUACACGGCCUUCGUGGACUCGGACGUCUCGCUCCGCUUCUCCGCCCAGACGCUGGAUGCAGAAGACCGGGCCGGCAGCGAGUACACGGCCCCCUUCGGCCGGCACCGGGGCCCCCUGGACGGCCGGCGCCCGUGCGUGCGGGACUGGGACCCGCUCUUCGAGGUGGCCGCCAACGCGCUCUUCGCGGGCCGCGUGGCGCAGUACAACAGCCUGGAGGUGGAGCCCGGGCGGGAGUUCCACUCGGGCUACAGCAAGUACCGGGAUCGACUCGCUGCGCCCGGAACAGGGGAGAGCAUGCUCCCAGACCUCGAUCACAGCUUCGUCCGCGUCGCCCUCCCGAUGUCCAGGCGCCUCGCCGCGACGCUUCCGCCCGGGCUGGCGCAGCGGGUGCCCUACGAGCCGUUUCAGCUCUGGCAGGGCGCCGAGUUCUCCGAGGAGUGCCUGUCGACGCUGCCGGGGCUCGCGGCGGCGGGCUCGGCGCUCUGGCGGGAGGAGCAGGACUUGCGCUGCCCAGGCGAAGGGUGGGAGCCCUCGAACUGGACCCAGCGCUCCGGGGCCUCGCGGCACGUCUUGGCAGAAAGAAUGGAGAGCAUGAUCUUGGACAUGCUCGCGAGCCUCGCGGUGUUUGAUCAGGAGGUGCGGGCGGGGCGCGUGGAGGAGGUGCGGCUGCCGGCGGUGCACCCGAGCCUGGAGGCCCCGCCGCCCUGGCGGGCCGCCGAGCUCCUCGGGCCCUACCGCCUGGAGCUGGCGCUGCACUGCCGCGUCUACGAGCUGGCCGUGCCCUGCAGGAGGAGGCGAGACUCGUUCUUCCGCACGCUGCAUUCGGUGGGCCCCGUCGUGCAGGAGGUGCUCGACCUCCUCGCCGAGCGCUGGCGGCCCCGCGUCGCGACGCUGCGGCAGGCCGCGGACGCCUUCCACAUGGAGUCGCCGCCCGCCUCCCCCGAGGACCGGCUGCUGCUCCACUUCGAGGUGGCCGCGGGCGCGGACGCCGUGGGCCCCCCGCCCGCUGCCGCGACGGCCUCCCGCGACCCUCGGGCCUGGCUGCGCGGGCGGCGCGCCGCCAGCGUGGUGCACGCGGUGGACCACGGCCUGGGCCUCGCCAGCGCCGCCCAUCGAAGAGCGCGCGAAGGGCUUGGCCCAGGACGCUGGGCGCGGAGCGCGCGCGCUGAUCGUCCAGGCAGUGCCAGGGCGCCCCGGCGAGGACGCCGCGAUGCCCCCGCCCGGCGAGGACGACGCGGACCUGCUGCUGGUGGGGCCGCAGGCGGUGGACGUGCCGGCGUGGGUCUGCCUGCAG